AUGCCGACAAAUUCUCCAGCUUUUGUCUCCAUCAUCAAACAUGAUGGUCGAGCUCUUCUCGUACACUCUUUGCAAGCUCAAGGAACGGAAAGCAACGAAGUUUUGAAGUUUAAUGCCUUUUCCAACAUGGCACUUGAUCAUUUUGAAAGUGAUUUAUACAAUUGGACUAGUUUAAGCAAUGACUACCCUGAUAUCAAGCCGUUAUUUAGGUUGGAAGAUAUCAAUGUAUUUGGUCGUUUGAUUAAGCAAACGGGCCUCAAGAUUAUUGUAGGUUUCCGCUUAGAAGAUGGGGUUUCUGACGAGGAAGUGGCUAAUGUGUUCCGCGAAGUGUCAACGACGUAUGUUAGAAGUAAAUGCAAUCCCUUUGUCUUCAGUGAGUCGGAUUUGGUGGAACAGUUGAAAAAGGCCUUCACAGCAAGACUUACGUGA